AAGCAAUACACCUGUAUCUAAGAAUUUCCAAAUAGUGAAAGCCAUAGAUCUAACGUUCAAAGUAAUAGAAUCUGGCUAGGCUGUUUUACCGACACGUGGACUCACAGUGAUGCACUAAAUACUUUACAGCGCCAUUGGUGCAUUAUUUAUGGUGCAUAUUACUUUGUAGUUCCGGUUCCUCUUUUACAUUACGCUAGUUAACCAAUACAUUCAACCAAAUCCAGCUUGAUCGCCAUUGGCCGUAGAACUCCGCGGCGCUGCACUUUGUUGCAGCUUUUUUUUGAAAAUUAUGGUGCUAACUGCCUUUAAAACACUGGAUGUAGGUCACCAGGAAUCCAUUAGCUAUUGAUUUCGUUCACACCUGUAGGUACAAACAAAUCAUGGCACAGUGGCACGGGGGUCCCAGACACAAUGCACCGUUCCGUGAUGCAUGAAUGAUAUUUUUUAAACUGACUGACAUCACGCAAGUCCCUAGUGAGCCGUAUAUGUUGUCAUCGGAAGAAUUACCUAGACGACACAGUUUGCCAUGCCUUUUUGCCCUCGGAACACACGUUAGUGUCGGUGUGUGUAGUGUAUAGUGUGCCGUGACCAGACCAGACAACCAGUAGUUGAACACACUUUGCCACGAUGGCAUCGGACAGUGUACCUGUGCCGACUCGGGAACCCUCGCCAGAAGUGGAAGAACAUUUCGUGUCUCGUUCCGUCGCCGUACUGUUCGUGUCGCAGCGUGGUUUACAGUUGAGAAAGUUUCACUCCCUACUACCAUCCGGGGGUGGUGCCACCUACACGAUACAGUUUUGCGAUUUGGAACGCUGGUCUCCACAUCUAAAGAUGGCCUCCGUGGGGCUUACGCCCGACUAUUGCUCCAGCACGGAUACCACCGACUCGUCCGGAAGCAAUCUGCAAGGCCAGUACGCCAAUGUGGUACGCUUUGUCGAUUCAUCGACAUCGGCGGAUGGUGACAAACGGGACACAAAGCAACAGGGCUGAAUGGAGCAUCAUGGAGCGGCUUUAAAACGUGUUCUACAGAUUUAAAAAAUAAACCAACCCCUCCCAGCCAUCACCUACAACCAACAAAACACGCCCGAAAUGCAUUCCCGCCUGCUGAUAGUUUGCUGGCGGCGCAAACUUUUCUUUCUCGGCGCUUCGCUGCUUUUCCUGCUGGCACUGUGGUUUUGGGGCUUCCUGUACACUACACACAUUACCGAGGACGGUGGUAAGAUCGUGUCGGUAAGAGAGCUGAUGCUCGGCAGCGCACACGGCGGUCGGCACGAGAGUUUGCUGCAGCGAUUGGGUUUCCACGAGCGACACGACCCUGCCCUGGACGGUGGCAGCAAUGGAGUGGAGCCGCAUGGUGCAGCACACGGUGAGCAAGGAUCGGUUCAGCUUGAGGGCGAUGAGGGAGGCGUUAAGUUUGUUAAACCGACACCGGGUGGAUUGCGAUCCGCAAAGGUUCGCCACACCAACGAUUGGGAUGCAAUUAUGCAGGAUCGAACGGAUGAAGGGAAACAGAUCAAUCAACAACCAAGUGGCAAAGGGCAACCAUCACGUCACAUCUCAGACGAAAUGCGCAUGGCCGCCGAGCGACAGAGCCAUUACGAGCACGAGCUGAAGCGGAUGGGCGUCCCGGUGAUUGCCGGCCUAGGCCCAGGCGGAAGACCUCCACCGGCCCAACGGUUGGUGCAUUUCGAUCUGAAGGGAGCGCCACCGAAAGUGUCCUACCUGCGACGACUGAUGCCGAUCCUGAAAACGCUCGGUGCGACGGGCAUUCUGCUAGAGUACGAAGACAUGUUUCCUUACGGUGGCUCGUUGCUUCCACUGGCAGCACGGAAUGCGUACAACAGGGACGAGAUAUUGGAGCUGCUCAAAAGCGCGUUCGCACUGGGUCUAACCGUCAUCCCGCUGGUGCAAACCUUUGGCCAUCUCGAGUACGCGCUGAAGCUUAAAGAGUUUGCCCACCUGCGUGAGACGGAGGAUUCGCCGCAAGCCCUUUGCCCGAGCUACAACGCUUCGAUGGCAUUCGUGGAGGAACUGUUGACGCAAGUCAUCGAGUACCAUAUGCCGGCCGAGAAUGGGAAUCUACUGCACAAGGAAGAUAUUGAACGAUCGACCCCGAAGCUAACCCACAUUCACAUCGGCUGCGACGAGGUUUACCGCCUGGCUGAGUGUCCACGCUGCCGCCACCGGCUGAAGGAUCAACUGUUUCUCGAUCACGUGUACAACGUGGCCACGAUCGUGCGCCGUCGAUGGCCCCAUCUGCGCGUCAUCGUCUGGGACGAUAUGCUGCGACAUAUGGCGCUUGAUGCACUGCAAGCCUCCGGCAUUGGAAAACUGGUCGAGCCGAUGAUCUGGGUGUAUGCGGAAGACAUCUACAAGUUUGUACAGUCGGCCACGUGGGAGAAGUACGCAGCGGUAUUCCGUACGGCCUGGGCUGCGUCCGCCUUCAAAGGAGCCCAUGGCGAGGGAUUGCUGAUGCCACCGAUCAGGCGCCAUCUGGAAAACACACUCCGAUGGCUGGCAGUGAUGCAGGGCGAGGGCAAUCGGUUCAGUCACGGACUGCAGGGACUAGCCUUGACCGGCUGGCAGCGGUACGAUCACUUUGCCGUUCUUUGCGAGCUGCUUCCGGCGGCCCUGCCCAGCCUAGCGAUCUGCCUUUCAACAGCGGCGAAAGGAUACUUUGACGUGAGCGCACGCACCAACCCUAUACUCAGCAGCCUAACGUGCCCGGAGCCGACGGGGGAGCAUCAUGCCUGGUUGGAGCUGCACAGGGACUCGAUGAUGGUGAUGUUUUCGCGCUGCAUGUUCCCUGGCAGCAUGAUCUAUCGGUUCAUACUACGCCUGGCGACACUAACGACCGAAACCGAGGAGUACACCGAUGCGAUCCGGCAGAGGCGCGGAUGGCUGACGGACUACAAUAUUCGGCACAAUUUUAGCAGCGCAGCACGGGUCGACGAUUUGCUUGGCGAGAACUACCGCCUGCUCAACGCCGUCUCGAACCUUGCACGAACGGCUGCCUCCACACUGACGGAGGUGUACGAUCACUGGACAUAUGGUGAAUUCAUAGAGCAGCGAAUUUUUCCAAUGCUAGAGGAGCUGAAGCGGUUGGAACGUGCCGGUGAGGGGCUGAAGAAACGACGCGUCUGGCCACAGCGUCCGCUGCCCUAUCUAAAGCCGUUUGAAGUGCUUGGAAUCGACGAGAAAACCUAGCUAGCCGAGUAUGUUAAAAUUUCCCUCCAUUGAUGAUCAAAUUAAGGAAAAAGCACAAGAUUUUAAACCCAGCACUCUCGGUUCGCAGUUUCGGGCCUGUUUUUGUAUACGAUUCAUGUCUUUCUCCACAAAAGUUGGGUGCUAAAGUCAACCCAACAGAUUUGUCACCCAACACGACUGACAGAGAAAGAGUGUAUGUGUGUGCGCUAGUUAAGAGAUAAGUGAUUUAGUUAAUAGACAUUUUGGAAUAGUGUGUAGAUGAAAGUGUAGCUUAAAGAAGCUCGAAAUAGAAACACGAAACGUA